CGCGCUACGGCUUCCCCUGCUUGCUUGCUAGAAUACUCUGGGUGGCUACGAAAGACAGUUAUAUUCGUCUCUGGUUCAAUCCGUUAUCUGAAGGUCUCGACAUCGUAAUAUUUGGAGCCCUCUCUUCCUUCGUAUAUCCUAAGCACCGGCCUACAGGGAAGGUUUCGAACUGGGAGUACGCUAUGGCAGUAUCUCCUUCCACGAAGAAGAUAAUUCUAGAUGUCGCUAUCUUCGUCGCUUCUCAAGCAGCCAUGUGGUAUACAGUCCAUUGGAUGCUCGAUUCUUACGGCUCACCGGAGCGUAAGAAGGAAGUGAAAGCGAAGCCACUGGAGGCAUUGAAGAAGCUCGGCCACAAAGACUUGAAACUAGAUGAAUAUGAGAAGACCAUCGCCUCUGAGGUCAUUCACCCAGACGAUAUCAACGUCCGUUUCUCCGACAUCGGUGGUCUGGACGACAUAAUUUCCUCCCUCCGCGAAUCCGUCAUCUUUCCCCUCCUCUACCCCGCCCUCUUCACCUCCUCCUCCACCCUCCUCACCGCCCCCAAAGGCGUCCUCCUGUACGGUCCUCCCGGCUGCGGAAAAACCAUGCUCGCCAAAGCCCUCGCCAAAGAGUCCGGCGCGACAUUCAUCAACAUCGCUGCCUCCGUGCUGACGAACAAGUGGUUCGGCGAGUCGAAUAAGCUCGUGGCGGGUUUGUUCAGUUUGGCGAGGAAGACGCAGCCAUGUAUUAUUUUUAUUGAUGAGAUUGAUAGUUUUUUGAGGGAGAGGAGUAAGGGUGAUCAUGAAGUCACGGCGAUGAUGAAGGCGGAAUUCAUGACACUCUGGGACGGCCUGCUCUCAGAAACGGACCGGAUAUUGAUUCUGGGUGCUACGAACCGAAUAAUAGAUAUCGACCCAGCGUUCAUCCGUCGAAUGCCUAAGCGAUUCGCGCUCUCGAGUCCAGACGUUAGGCAAAGAGAAAAGAUCCUUUCUCUCAUGCUCCAAGACGUCUCCCUCUCACCCAGCCUUUCCCUCCGCAAACUUGCCGAAUACGCAGACGGCCAAUCAGGCUCAGAUCUCAAAGAACUGUGUCGGAAUGCGGCGAUGAUGCCUGUGAGGGAGUACGUGAGAAAUUCAGGUGGUGAUCCAGAGAUCAUGAGAAAGGCGCAGGAGGAGGGCUUUGAACUACGACCGUUGAGGCUGGACGAUUUCUUGCAUGGACAGACGGAGGCUGGUGCUGGGCUUAGUGCAGGGGUGUUGAGCGUCGAUCAGUCGACGAUAGAUGACGAUGAGCUUGAGGGAGCAAAUUUGGACUGAGUGAGAGCGAGGCCUUGAUCCAGAGUAAGUUGGGAGUGGCCUGACGUGGUAGUAAGAGUUAGGUCGAUGGCAGCUGGUUUGAUAUGGUGAGAGGUACAUAUCGGAUGAGAUUCCAUUGUGUCCGUAUGGGUGUUUGCUUCGUGGUCUGAAUAUUAUAGAUGCGGUAAUCGCUCGUCUCUCC